GGAUUUAUUAAAGUUAAAUUCGAAGAUAAAUUUAGUAAAAAGAAUUCAUCAAAAGUUAGUCUAUUGUAACUAAACUAACCUCAAAAAUGUCUGAUGAAAUUGAUUUUACCAAAACAAUAAAAACCGAACCGAUCGAUGAUUAUCCUCAAGUGAAACAGGAAUUUGAUGAUUGUGAAAAUACAGCAGAUUUGUAUAUGGAUGAUGAUAUAUGUCUGCAGCAAUUUCUAAAAUCUGAGGUUACAAUUGACGAGGAAAUAAAACAAGAGACGAUUGAUGACCAACAUGAUUUGACUAGUAUAAACAAAACUGUUUUAGAUGAAAGUUCUUGUAAUUUAGUGGAUAGUAUGAACAAAUCAUUUGAAAAAGUUUCAGGAAAAAGUGAAACAACUGAUAACUUGAAACCCUAUAAAUGUGAAUUAUGUAAUAAAACAUUUACAGCAAAACAAAGUUUAAUCCGACAUCAAACGAUCCAUACUGGUGAAGGUCCUCAUAUUUGCGAAAUAUGUAAUGAAAAAUUCAGAUGGAAAAAAAAUUUAAAUAAACAUAAAGUGGCCCAUACUGGAGAACGGCCUUAUGAGUGCAAAAUAUGCAAUAAAAGAUUUUCACAGUCAAGCAAUUUAAGACAGCAUUUAUCAGUGCAUACUGAAGAACGUGCUUAUGAUUGUGAAAUUUGCAAUAAAAAAUUCAAAACAAAACAAACAUUAACUCAACAUAAAAUAGUACAUACUGGAGAACGGCCUUAUGAGUGUAAUAUAUGCAAUAAAACAUUUUUACAAUCUGGUAGUUUAACACAGCAUUUAUCAGUGCAUAGUGAAGAACGUCCUUACGCAUGUGAAAUAUGUAAUAAAACAUUCAAAUUGAAAAAAAUGUUAAAACAACAUAAAGUGCUCCAUUCUGGAGAGCGCUCUCAUGAAUGCAAAAUAUGCAAUAAAACAUUUUCACAUUUUGGUAGUUUAACACAGCAUUUAUCAGUGCAUAGUGAAGAACGACCUUAUGCAUGUGAAAUAUGUAAUAAAACAUUCAAAACUAAACCUGUAUUAAGGCAACAUAAAAUUGUACAUACUGGAGAACGGCCUUAUGAGUGUAGUAUAUGCAAUAAAACGUUUUCACAUUCAAGUAGUUUAAGACAGCAUUUAUCACAGCAUAAUGGUGAACGUCCUUUUGCAUGUGAAAUAUGUAAUAAAACAUUCAGAAUAAAAAAAAUGUUGAAACAACAUGAAAUGAUCCAUUCUGGAUAACGUGCUUAUGUGUGCAAAAUAUGCAAUAAAAGAUUUACACAGUCAAGUAAUUUAAGAAAGCAUUCAUUAGUGCAUACUGAAGAACGACCUUAUGAAUGUGAGACAUGCAAUAAAACAUUCAAAACAAAACCUAUAUUAACACAACAUGAAAGAGGGCAUACUAGAGAACAAACUGCAAAAAAACAGUCAAUAAAUUAGUUGAAUAAGUCUAGAAAUUGUCCCACCUUAUAAUCUUUAUCAAUCACUCAACUUCAUCUCAAUUUAUAUUCAUACAGCAUAUUAAUUCACCAGUGGCAAGCAUAGCUCACUUGGUAGCAUGUCGAUGCACACGGCAGGGAUCUUCGGAUCAAAUCCUGUCAUUGACUUAGGCUAUAGGAAAAAAUAUGUAUAUGGAAUUUGAAUAAAACUUGAGAAAAAUAGGAAUAACAGAGUUCGAACAGCUGAAUUGUAUUAGGAGUAAGAAGAGAAAUGUUGGAACUGAGCUGAAAUUAAAAGAAGAAUGAAGAAAAAAAUGGAAUGAAGCUAGAAGUUAAAUAGAAUUAGAAAUUUGAAAAAG